GAGGGGGGCGUGUCUGUAGUCAGGGGUCAUGUGACCGUGAAAGUCAUGUCGCUGGUAUAAAUCCUCUGACAGACCACGUACCGCUUCUCUCCAGCGUUUCUCACCGAGGCCUUGUAUCCGGUUCGGUCUGGCUGUUACGUGAGCCAUGGCAGACCAGGCUUUUGUCACCCUUGCCACAACUGACAAUUAUGCCAAAGGAGCAAUGGUACUUGGCAAGUCGUUGAGGAACCACAACACAUCGAGGAAACUAGUGGCCCUGAUUGGCCCCCAUGUCUCUGAACCCUCCAGAGCAGUGCUUCGCAAGGUCUAUGACGAGGUCAGGCUGGUGGAUGUGCUGGACAGUAGGGAUGCUGCACACUUGGCCAUGAUGAAGAGACCUGACCUGGGCGUCACCUUCACCAAACUCCACUGCUGGACUCUUACAGAAUACUCUAAAUGUGUGUUUAUGGAUGCAGAUACUCUAGUUUUGUCUAACAUAGAUGAGUUAUUUGAUCGAGAGGAGCUCUCUGCCGCACCAGAUCCCGGUUGGCCUGAUUGCUUCAACUCUGGUGUGUUUGUCUUCCGUCCGUCCAACGAGACCUAUGGGCAGCUUCUCACCGCUUGUUCAGAGAAUGGCAGCUUUGAUGGUGGGGAUCAGGGCGUUCUCAACAGCUUCUUCGGCGAUUGGGCAACAGCAGACAUUUCGAAACGCCUUCCUUUCAUUUACAACCUCAGCAGCAUUGCCAUCUACACCUAUCUCCCAGCAUUCAAGCAAUAUGGCCGUGAUGCCAAGGUAGUUCACUUCCUUGGCAAAGUCAAACCGUGGGAUUACAGUUAUGACACCACAAGCAAAACAUUAAAGGGACAGUCCCAGGAUGCAUCUGACAUGCACCCAAACUUCUUGCUGCAAUGGUGGGAUCUCUUCUCUUCUUCAGUAUUGCCUCUCAUGAAGGAGGAAUAUGGUGACCAGCCCUUCCAUUCCGGAUGCACAGAGAGUGAUAUUCACGUUGAUAUGGCUCAGAUGCACAUAUCCCAUCAUCCCCCUGCACCUCAGAUGUCGUCUCACGAGCGCAAACAAAAGUGGGAACAGGGCCAAGCUGACUACAUGGGAAUGGACUCUUUUGAGAACAUAGAGAAAAAGCUAGAUUCCUUCCUAAAGUGAAGGACUUGUAGGUAAAGAUAAUCAGAUCUAGUUUUGUACUAGGGUACUUGUAGGCCAUGAAACAACAUUAAAAAAAAAAAAAAAACCAAUUUAAAAUACAUCGUCUAAUUUUUAUACCAGUCCAGAUCAUCUAUGCAGCUCAACAAGUCAACCUCUUACACACUGUGACUACAGGAGUUAUUAGAAUGACACAACGUCACUAGCCUCAUUUCCAGAGUCGUGACACGAAACCAUUCAGGCGUUGUUUCUGAUCUCACUGAAGAAGACACUACUGUUAUUUUUGUAUUUAAAAUACCAUAAGGUAAAUGUUAUGGUCCUACAACAUAUUUGCCUUUUGUGUUUGUGAAGAUCAUAGAUGUUUGAAGGAGGGGAAAAAAAAAAGGAAACAUACAGCAAACAAUACCAAACCUUGUAAAUGUCACAUACUGUACACCACUCCACAUUCAAUAUGAUUCAUCUAAUGACCGCCUUUGCAAUGAUAUUGUGUUUACAAGACACUGUGUGCUGCCAACUCACUUGCAUUGUUAAUACUGGCUAACUCCUUAUUGUAUGAACCAAGGUCACUCCGCUCUUGCCUACAGGGCAGGGAAAAGGCACAAGGGUUUUGCUACACCUGGUUACUACUGCUGGUAAUGCUGUUAACGCUGUAGCUGUUCAUAACUAGUCUGUAACCUUACCCUCGUCUGCAACCUCUGAAAUAAAGAACUAGUGAGAGUCCUAA